GUCUUCUAGUUGCUGGCUUGACAUCGUAGCGCUGUCUCCUUGUGUCGGUUUUUGAACUUUACUGCUCAGUUAAAGGAUUUUCCAGCCGUUCUGCAUAAGAAGUUUCUUCUGAGAGUUUGCUGGGACCAUGGCGGACCGCGAGGAGCGCCGCUUCGCCGAGGUUUCCCGGGAGUCUGUCAAACUCAUGGCCGAGUGCACUGGCGUGGAGCUUAAUGAUGAUGUCGCCGCUCUGCUGGCUGAAGAUGUUUGCUACCGUCUCAGGGAAGCAACACAGAGCAGCUCUCAGUUCAUGAGGCACGCCAAGAGAAGGAAGCUGACAGUGGAGGACUUCAAUCGAGCUCUGCGCUGGAGCAACGUGGAGGCCAUUUGUGGUUACGGAGCUCAGGACGCCGUACCUUUCCGUGCAGUGAAAGAAGGAGAGCUCUUCUUUGUGGACGAUCGGGAAAUCAACCUGGUUGACUUGGCUCUGGCCACCAACAUUCCCAAAGGCUGCGCUGAGACCCUGGUGCGAGUCAGUGUGUCCUAUCUGGAUGGGAAGGGUAACCUUGAACCUCAGGGGACAGUUCCAUCUGCAGUUCAGUCCUUGUCAGAGGACCUUCUGAAAUACUACCAGCAAAUCACACGUGCGAUCCUGGGUGAGGACCCCCACCUCAUGAAGGUGGCUUUGCUGGACCUGCAGUCGAACUCCAAGAUAGCCGCUCUCCUGCCAUACUUUGUGUAUGUCAUCAGUGGGGUGAAGUCGGUGAGCCACGACCUGGAGCAGCUCAACAGGUUACUGCACAUGGUGAAGAGCCUGGUGCAGAAUCCAUACUUGUACCUGGGCUCCUACGUGCGCAGCCUGGUGUCCAGUGUCAUGUACUGCAUCCUGGAGCCGCUGGCCGCCUCCAUCAACCCGCUGAAUGACCACUGGACCCUCAGAGACUACGCGGCCCUCCUCCUGAGUCACAUCUUCUGGACUCACGGUGAUUUGGUGAGUGGUCUCUACCACCAGAUCCUGCUGUCUCUCCAGAAGGUUCUGUCGGACCCAGUGAGACCACUCUGCUCGCAUUAUGGUGCUGUGGUGGGGCUUCAUGCUCUGGGAUGGAAGGCUGUUGAACGAGUGCUGUUUCCACAUCUUCCAGCCUACUGGGCCAAUCUGCAGGCGGUGCUGGACGACUACUCCGUUUCCAACGCCCAGGUCAAAGCAGAUGGUCAUAAGGUCUAUGGAGCCAUCCUGGUUGCGGUAGAGCGUCUGCUGAAGAUGAAGGCGCUGUCGUUGUCUCAGCCUACAGAGGGGACGUCCAGUGCUCAUCCAGGCUCAGUGGUGGGCGUUAUGGGAUACAGGGUGAGCUCCCCGGGCCUCAGCCCUCCUCCAGAGCCUUUGUCAGAGGCCGUGCUGGGAAUCGCUAGCCAUCUCCAGGCAGGCGGAGUUGGCUGCCCCUGGGAGGAGUGGACCCCUGUGCCGCUUCCAGCCAUGUACUGUGAACUUUACUCUUUCUUUGGAGACAGCCUGGCCGUCAGGUUCAGUACUGGACCUGGAUUUGGCACCUAUCCUCCCUGCACCCUCUCCCAGCCCAGUGAUACCAGGAAAGAAGCGCCCGGCCCCAUCACCAACCCCGACACCGCUCGUAAAAUGCCACAGUUGACCGCCAACCUCAACAUCAGUCCCAGGCAGGAUGGAAGUCCUCGGACGGAUCCGCCUCCACCCAGCUUGGUAGCAACGGGAUCAGGGAGGACUCUGCCUCGCUCCUCAUCUUCCUCCUCCGUGCAGCGGUCCAGAUCCUCCUCGUGGCGGACGAGCCAACGUUCGGCCGGUCUCUCCCGUGACGUUUUUCCCAAGGCUCGCUUCACUUCUCCACAGACGGGACUGCCGGCAUUUUCGUUCCUCAUCGGUGGACGACAAAUGGGUCGCCGUUGUCAAGGCCGCCGCCCGUUCCAGACCACUUUUGCUCCAAUGCCGCCUCUGCCCGUCAUCCCACUGCGUGGCUAUGCCCACAAACUUCCUGUUAUUGGGAGGGUGGGCAAACCUGUUCGCCGAUGGGCAUGUUCCCAUUACUCCCUUCAUCUCCCUCUCUAAUAGGUCUGGUUC